AUGAAAGAAGAGGUCGUUAUCUUUCCUAACAAAAACCAUCAUCUACAAACAACGAGAUCAUGGGACUUCUUACACUUCCCACAAAGGAUUCGAAGAGAGCACACGGUUGAGAGCGAUAUAAUUGUUGGAAUAAUCGAUUCUGGAAUUUGGCCAGAGUCAGAUUGUUUUAUUGAUACUGGAUAUGGACCUCCACCAAUUAAAUUGCAAGGGUCCUGUGAUGGAUUAACUAAUUUCCAUUGCAAUAUGAAACUUAUUGGAGCAAAAUACUACAAAAACGAUGGAGGCUUCUUCCCAACCGAUAUCCAGUCUCCAAGAGACUCCCUUGGUCAUGGAACUCAUGUGGCUUCCGUGAUCGCCUGUAACCUUGUUAAUUCGGAAGGCCUUUCUGGUCUCGGGAGAGGAGUCCCGUCUUCGAGGAUUGCUGUUUACAAAGUAUGUUGGUCAACCGGUUGUGCAGAUGAGAACAUUAUUGAAGCAUUUUGUGAUGCCAUUAAUGAUGGGGUUGAUCUAUUAUCAAUUUCUAUUGGAAAUAGUGUUUCAAGCUACUCUGAAAAUCCCAUAGCUUUUAUGAGUUUUCAAGCCAUGACAAUGGCUGCUGGAAACGAUGGUCCGGGACUUAUAUCUAUCAAAAAUGUUGCUCCUUGGGCGCUUAAAGUAGCAGCAAGUGCCAGCGAUCGUAAUUACGUUACCAAUUUGAUGUUGGGCAAUGGGAAAACUUUGAUGGGAGUUUCAGUGAACACGUUUGAUCCAAAUGGUUACAGCCCUUUAGUGUAUGGAGGCAGUGUGCCCAAUAAAAGAAAUGGUGCUUCUAGUUCUCAAUCUAGAUUGUGCAAACGGAACUCACUUAAUCCUAUAUUGGUAAAGGGUAAGAUUGUCAUUUGUGACGAAUAUAAUUUUGGAGAAGCAGCUAUUUCUGCUAGAGCAAUUGGUAUGGUGAUACAAGCUAAUGCAACCAAAGAUGACUCUGGCGUGUUUGCCCUCCCAACAACUUAUGUUGACAUGCGGAGUACUGGAUACAUCUUGAGAUAUGUUAGCUCAUCAAGUAAUCCAAUUGGAAGCAUAUUGAAGAGUACUCAAGUUUUUGAUGCUUCAGCACCAUAUAUUGCAUCAUUCUCAUCUAGGGGACCCAAUCCUAUAACACCUCAUAUUCUCAAGCCGGAUUUCGGUGCACCUGGUGUUAAAAUCUUGGGAGCAUGGACACUUGCAAAUUCUCCUACGAGAUUACAAGAAGAUUUGAGAAGGCUACCAUAUAACAUUGUAUCAGGCACUUCAUCAUCCUGCCCACAUGUUACUGCUGCAGCCGCAUAUGUCAAAUCAUUUCAUCCAUCAUGGUCUCCGGCAGCUAUAAAAUCUGCUCUUAUGACUACCGCCACCAAGAUGAGUGAAGAAAAAACACCUCAAGCAGAAUUUGCUUAUGGAACUGGCCAGAUAAACCCUGAAAGGGCUAGAAAACUGGGCCUUGUGUAUGAUAUUACACUAGUUGACUAUUUGAAGUUUUUGUGCGGGCAAGGCUACAGAAACAAUGAUUUGAAAUUUCUUUCGGGAAUGCAUAGUGUUUGCAACCGUUAUGGGACAGAAAAUGCAUGGAAUUUAAACAUGCCUUCAUUUUCAAUCCCUGUUAUGCCUUCUACUCAUUUUAAUGUCACCUACACUAGGACAAUUACAAAUGUUGGACCUUCAUCAUCCAUUUACCAAGCCCAAAUUAUUGCUCCACCAGGAUUAAACAUACAAGUUGUGCAAAACGUACUUUAUUUCUCUAGUGUCGGACAAACUCAAACAUUUGGGGUGGUUUUCGUAGGAAGGAUUAGUGUAGGGAACAAUAUUGUUUCUUCUUCUUUGUCAUGGGUAUCAUUGUUAUUUGAUAUGGAAAGUGGUGGUCGUGUAGCUAGACUUGGUUUGGAGUUGUUAAACCAUUCAAAUUAUCGGAUAUGGAAAACCUGCAUGGAAUUGUACAUGGUCGAGAAAGAUUUGUGGGACAUCAUCGUAGACGAAAAUGAUGUAGCUCUUGAGGAUGUUGCUGAAAAUGCGGAAGCAUCGAAGAAGCGGAAGAGACUCAAUGCGAAGGCAGAAUUUGUGUUGAAGAGGUGUGGCAAGACUGGACACUUCAAGAGAGAUUGUAGAGAAAUCGAUCAAAGGUGGACUGUCGAUUUAGGGUACGGACAUCAUGUUACUGGAGAUAAUUAUGUGUUCUCGUCGAGUCGAGUUCAUAAUGGGGGUGGUGGCAUUGUCAUGAUAGAUAAGUCAGUUCAUGAAGUUAAAAGGGAAGGAUCAAUUGUCAUUAAUAACGACAAAGGAGAAUCUAUUACUCUGAAGAAUGUCUACCAUGUUCCAGGAAUCCAUAAGAAUCUCUUCUUAGUAGCAAAUGCUAUAGACGCGGGAAAUCUUGUGUUGUUUGGUCCACAUGAUGUGAAGUUCUUAAAGAAUGUGAAAGAACUAGAACUUGGGUAA